AUGGAACGAGAAGGAAAAUCUUUCGAGGAAUCUGACAAUGGAAAUUUCAGUUCUGAGGCAGGCAAAAUGCCCUUGUUACCUGCUCGUGUGAGCAAACGACUUGGUCUGGCAGAGCAUGGAGAAGACUCUCCACUUGAAAAGAGGUUGAAGCAACUCUUGGUUGAGUUGGGUAUGAAAACGGAAGAGAUAGAGACACUUGAAGUUGAAGCCAUACUCAAGAGUAAUGAAAAGAUGGAGAAACUUGAAGCUUUACUCAAGACUAAGGAAGAGAUGGAGAAACUUGAUGCCAUGAUCAAGACUGAGGAAGCUCAGCUCCUGAAACUGAAGCAGCAAGGUGAACAACUGGUUGUUGAGAUCAAGGCUUUGGAGGAAGCGUCGACGAUCUUGGAAAUAGUUAGAGCUCUAUGGUGA